AUGCGUUCGCACGGCCAAGGAGGGAAUAAUCAAAACAAAAAUGACUACACUGAUAAAAAGAAAGUCAGGAAUCGCCUGUCUCAGCAGGCGUUUCGACGACGACGUGCGGAGAAUCUCAAAACACUCCAAGAUCGUUUAAACUCGAGCUAUAAGCCUCAGAAUGAGACAAUCGCAAGACUAGAAGAAGAGAACCGAAAUCUCCGAAUGCAACUUGUUGAAGUCCAGGCGCAAUUGUCUCGAUUUGCUGUCAACACUCAACUACUCAACGAUUCGGUAUCUCGUGCAUUGAAUCCCAAUCCAUCCAGCCAUGAUGUUGCCAACAAAGAUGUGCAAUCUCAGCUUAAAAUCAUCUCAGAGAGCCCCAGUGACGAUAGCUAUAAUCUUGAUGAACCGUUGGACUUUUCUUCAGUUGCAAGCGGAAUACCUUUCCACACGGAAGCGCCGGUCUCAGCAGAUGCACUGAAGACGUCAAGAGAAUUACCGACCGGCCUAUUCCCAUCUCUUGGUGUGGAAAACUGCCAGUGCUGCGGUGCCUCAGAUAUUUGUCAACUCUCAAGCUGUAUAUUCCAAAAAAGCUGGGCGGAAUCAAACUCUACAUUUUCCGAUCAUUUGG